AGUUAAAUAGUUUUACAAAUUCACAUGCUACUAUGGUGGUGUUAUCUUUGGUUGUUUUUGGUCGUCCUCCUCAUUUAAUAUAUGGUGUAAAGCGGGGAAAAGUUCCUUCAUCUUUACGACCAAAUGUCAUCAUGAAAAAGCAGGCGUUAGGAAAUGCAACUUGUACAGAAGAGAUGUCAAGAUUAAUGAAUUGUUUUAAACGAGAAAAUUUUCAAGAUUCCAAAUGUUCAAAAGAAAUUCAAGAGUUUCAAGAUUGUGCAAAUUUAGCUAGUAAAUACAGGAUGGAAAAAAAGUCUACUCAAAGUGGAUGGACAUUGGAUGAAUUAAACAGAGUCAUGCGUGAGAACACUCAGGUUAUUAAGAAAUCAAGGGUUAGAAGUUGAGUAUUUAUUUAUUGAAAAGUGAGAAGUAGUUUGUUCAAUUUCUUGUAUCAUUAAAUUUGAUUUAAUUAUUCCAUA